AUGUCAGCAAAUUGCUUCUGUAACAAAUGCAUUCCAGGUGAAUUAAUCUCCGAAUCAAUCACGAAAGAUAAGUUGCUAGAUUUGAAUAAUCCAGAGCAUCCAGCAAGCUUGAUCUGUGAGCUUUGCCGCUUAUUUUAUGAUAAUAACUGGGUUACUGGAACAGGAGGAGGUAUAUCUAUCAGAGAUGUAGAGGGUCAAAAUCCUAACUUGGUCUAUAUAGCUCCGUCUGGUAUUCAAAAAGAACGGUUGAAACCCUGGGAAAUGUUCGUAGUCGAAUUGCCUAAUGAGAAGUUGUUACGGACACCUAACGAUUGUCCAAAAGAGUUGACAAAAUCUUACAAAUACAAGCCAUCUGCUUGUACGCCUUUAUUCAUGAGUUGUUAUACGAUGAGAGACGCCGGUGCCUGUAUUCAUACACAUUCUCAAAAUGCCGUUAUGGCAACGUUGCUUUGGGGUAAUCACGUUGAAUUCAAGAUAUCCCACAUUGAACAAAUCAAAGCUCUUCCCCAGCUUGAAUUCAAUCCGAAGACUAAAAAAGUUGAAAAAGUGGGCAGUAUGCAAUAUCAUGAUACUUUGGUUCUCCCGAUAAUAGAAAACACUCCACAAGAAGAAGAUUUGACAGACAGUUUACAGGAAGCUAUUAGAAAGUACCCUGGGGCAACAGCCGUACUAGUUAGAAGGCAUGGGAUUUACGUGUGGGGUGAAAACGUUUGGAAGGCUAAAGUUUAUAAUGAAGCUUUGGAUUACUUAUUGGAAUUAGCUGUCAAAAUGAAGCAAGCUAACAUUUCAACCGUGAGGGACGCAUGA